UAGAGCAGGUAGCACGUGAUCAGUUCACCUGUGCUCAACCUGUUUAUCUCUUCCACUCCCCUGACGCGCUGCUUAAGGACACAGACAAAUCCCCUUUUGUUUACUCUGAAAGUUUGCUUUUGACUGGUUUGUCGUAGUACACGCCGCUGGCUGUCGCAUUUUGUUUGUUUUCUUUUCGGAGCUCCAGGUUUUGUUUGAGUUUUCCCCAGACCGUCUGCGUGGACUUCGACCUCGAUCUGGUACCUGUCUCGAACAAGGAAGUCCAGUCUGUUGAGCCCGUCUGUGGCAGAGACGACGGGCCGUUUGUCAAUGGCGGUGAAUGAGCUCGGUUAACUCCUCUAAAAGGCCAGUGUUAUCAAUAUAUUGUAUCUCAUAAGACAGUCCUGGGAAGUGGACAGAAUAUUCCACCUCCCCGGGCAGACGCUGCUUCUCCCGUCCACGAGACAAGAUGAAUGCUUCUUUUGUUGACAUGGAUCAAUCUGCCGACAAUAAUUCUAUUGUUCACCUGGAUUCCCCAAUCCUCCCAGACAAGUCAGACAUCUCAAAUAUGACCAUUAUCCGGACAGGCAAUGGAUCAAUCAUAGAGGACUACAUAUUUCUGAACACAAUGACUGCUCGGGCCCUCUCAGGGUUAUUUGUCUGGUCUGCCUUGCUUAUAACAUGCCAUCAGAUCUAUUCCCACCUUCGAUCCUACACCGUUCCCAAUGAGCAACGCUACAUUAUCCGCAUCCUGUUUAUCGUGCCAGUUUAUGCCUUUGAUUCCUGGCUCAGCCUGCUCUUCAUCAGCAACGACCAGUACUAUGUCUACUUUGACUCGGUUCGAGACUGCUACGAAGCAUUUGUCAUUUACAAUUUCCUGAGCCUGUCCUUUGAGUAUUUGGGAGGAGAGAGUGCAAUCAUGUCAGAGAUUCGAGGGAAGACCAUACAGUCAAGCUGUAUGUAUGGUACUUGCUGUCUCGGAGGAAUGAGCUACUCCAUCGGCUUUUUAAGAUUCUGCAAACAGGCAACUCUCCAGUUCUGCGUUGUCAAACCUAUCAUGGCCGUCAUCACCAUCAUCCUGCAGGCCUUUGGCAAAUAUCACGAUGGAGAUUUUAACAUAAAUGGAGGAUACCUGUAUAUCACGAUCAUCUAUAACUUCUCAGUCAGCAUGGCGCUCUACGCUCUCUUUCUCUUCUUCUAUGCAACAAGUGACCUCCUCAGGCCGUAUGAACCUGUGCUUAAAUUCCUCACAAUCAAAUCUGUCAUCUUCCUAUCUUUCUGGCAAGGAAUGGUCCUCGCCAUCCUGGAGCGCUGUGGCGUCAUACCCAAUGCACUCUUCAUUGAUGGACACGAGGUCGGGGCUGGCACCGUGGCGGCAGGCUGGCAGAACUUUAUUAUCUGCAUUGAAAUGUUCUUUGCUGCCAUCGCCCUCAGAUAUGCCUUCACCUGCACCGUCUACCAGCAGAAAAAAAAUGACGUGCCAGAGAACAUCCCACCCUUGCAGAGCAUCUCCAGCGGUCUGAAGGAGACCAUAAACCCAGGAGACAUGGUACAGGAUGCCAUUCACAACUUCUCUCCAGCUUACCAGCAGUACACGCAGCAGUCCACACAGGAAGUGAUCCAGCCGAGCUCCAAUGGAAAAGGAUCCACAGGCAACAAGAGCUCCCGCAAGUCUGACAAAAUCAUGUUGAUCACCUCCGAUGAUGAGUUCUAGGAGUUUUUUCCAGCACGAUACAGGUGUUUGAGUCCUGGCCACCCCUAUCCCUGACCCCUGGGGGAAACUGCUGUAUCACAUAUCCCACAAAGCUGGAUUGAAUCAAGGUGUUUAAUUUUCAUUAUCCCAGUAUUAAAGAUGGACCACUUAUUUCUGUUCCAGCUUAGUGAAUAAUUAAAGCACCAAGAGAAAAUGUAAAUUAAUAAUAGUUUGAAAAUUCAUAGCUCAGUGACCAGAGAACUGAUCUAUCCCAGCUCAGGAGAGGAAAAUCAAAGGAAAACUUUGUCACCUGCACUGUAUCAGAGAAGUCUGGAACUAUGUUUUUUUUCUGUAAAUCAAGCUGCUGGUUGUUCAGCAGAGUCCCUGAUCCUAAAUCUGUCUCUGUCGUUAUGUCAGAGCUUAUUCUCCGGCCUUCUGAAGUGUGUUCCCCUCGGAUUCUUGUCGGUUUUCAAAGAGGAGAUGAUUAAUAUGUGACUCCAGGUGGAAAGCAGGGAAGCCAGUGAUGGCUGGGAAUGACGCUUCGUGGACUGUGUGCCGCAUCUGCUCAUUUGAAGUAUGUGCUGCGUGGUUUCCUGACAAAUGGAAAGAUUGUUCAAGACUCGCUCAUUUUGGAGCAGGCUCUUCAAACUGCACACUGUAGCACUUCACUAUCCUUUGUAUCCUUUGGACAAAUUGGAUGAACCUGUCUCCUACAAAGUGAGAGUUAUGGUGUUCAUAUAAUUUCUACCAGCAUGCUAAAGAGUAUAAUCAGUACAGCUAGCCAGCUAUUCAACUAUCACUAACAGUCAUUUUGCAUCCUCUGUACUGUUGUAAAUACUAAUGACAGAACCUUUUUUUAAUGUGUUAACAUGCUCACAUUACUACCUGCUAUGAUUCCAGGAUGAUGAAAUAUGUACAGAAUUUGAUUUGUGUAAAUUCUGGUGUUCCAUUGUUUUGUUUGUGUGUAAAAAGUUUGUUAUUAAUUUAAAGAUAUUAACGAGUUCAUGAGUGUGGUUCAGAGGUAGUUAGAACAAAAGCAACAUUUUGUAUGGGCAAAGAGAAACAUCAGAAUGGUGUGACUAAAGCCACUUGUUUCUUCUCCAAUAAUGUUUUGAAUGAAAUGUUCACGCUGUUUGUUAUAUUAUUAUUGAGAGGAUUGAACCCAUAUGUCAAGGCUGGUUGUUUUGACAAUGAUACACUCUUGUGCCAAUGAUAGCUGUCUUUCAGGGAAAGCUGAGAUUAAUGUACAGUUGGGUACAAACUUCUACUUUGAAAAUGUACAACAUAGGUUGACUUGUGUGUUUCUUCAUGUAAGAUUAAAUCUUUGUUUUCUGCUUCUACAA